AUCUGUCGCGGUGCACUGUGGGUAGUUAGUCAGCACAUCCAAGAUGGCGGCAAGCAGGAGGCUGCAUAAGGAACUUGAUGAAAUCCGCAAGUCUGGAAUGAAAAACUUCCGCAACAUCCAAGUUGACGAGUCAAACAUUUUGACUUGGCAGGGGCUUAUCGUUCCUGACAACCCUCCCUACGAUAAAGGUGCAUUCCGGAUUGAGAUCAUUUUCCCUGCUGAGUAUCCAUUUAAGCCACCCAAGAUCACAUUUAAAACAAAGAUCUACCACCCAAACAUAGAUGAGAAAGGUCAGGUGUGCUUGCCGGUCAUAAGUGCUGAAAACUGGAAACCUGCAACCAAAACCGAUCAAGUAAUCCAGUCUCUCAUCGCCCUUGUCAAUGACCCUCAGCCAGAGCACCCGCUGAGGGCCGACCUAGCAGAGGAAUACUCGAAAGACCGUAAAAAAUUCUUUAAGAACGCAGAAGAGUUUACAAAGAAACAUGGCGAAAAGCGGCCGGUGGACUAAUAAGACGAGUGUGACUCCCACUCUCUCCUUUGCCCACCUCUCCAGAUCUUUAAACCUCUGCCUCUACCUGUAUCCUUCCACCCAAGCUCCCAGCACCCACUCCGAACUUGGAGCCGAGCAUCCCAAAAGCAUUUCAACCUCGCUACAGGACUUUUAUGACUCAGUUCUACUUGCCCUCUGGGUGCCAACUGGAUGGCUGGUUUUUCUAUAGUGUAUAAAGCAAAUGUGAUCCAAAUACAUAUGUAAGUGGAAACUCGGACAAAAUGGCAAGAUUUGGGUGGUGAGGGUGGGGGUCAAUGCUGUUCCUUUUAAUUUGUUCUUAAUUUGCACAGAACUGUGUACUGGUCAUAAAACCUGCUGUGCAAUGAAUCUUGACUGUUUUUUUUUUUGUUUUUUUUUCCCAGAGCAGAUUACUACAGUGAAAUUCAUUAUUUUAUGUCUUUUCCGUCUUUCUCUUCCACAAAUUUGUCUUUGUUCUGGCAAAAAUCCAUUAACUAAAUGAUAGGUGACACUUAAUGUAUUAAGGUUCUAAAGGUGUGUGGCAUACAAUUCUUUUUAUAUCUUUUUAUUCUUUUGUUUUUGCUUAGGUUGCACUGUAUUACGUGGAACAAAGUGUUAUGUUCGUCAUAACCUCUGUAAUUCAUCCAAUAUUCAAAACUUCAGCUUAGUCACUGUUACCAAUAUAAUGUUUAUGAUGUUAUAAAAAAGGAAAAAACAACCAA